AUGGAAGCCCCGAUUCUUAUCAUCGGCAGCGGCACCUUUGGCGCCUCGACCGCCUACCACCUCGCCAAGAGAGGCUACACCGACAUCACCUGCAUCGACAAGAACCCUUUCCCUUCGGUCGACAGCGCCGCCUACGAUCUGAACAAGAUCAUCCGCACCGAAUAUGACGAGCCGCUGUACUCGGACAUGGCCAUUGAGGCCAUCCAAGCCUGGAGGCAGCCCUUGUUCGCUGACAUCUUCCAUGAAACGGGCUGGCUGGUCACCACAAGCGGAGACCCCGAGGCGGCCAAACGCCUCCGCCAAGCCUAUCAGAACCUGGUCGACCGAGGGCAGGCAGAAGGUGUCGAGUUCGUCGAGACCAAGCAGGACAUCGUCAAGCACGUGCCGCAGCUUGCCGCCGCCAAAGGCAUCGACGAGUGGAAGGGCUUCUGGAAUCCGCAGGCUGGCUGGGCCCAUGCCAGAAAAGCACUCGAGAAGGUCGGCGGCGAGGCCAUGAGCAUGGGUGUACGCUUCAUCGGUGGCCCCGACGGACAGAUGGUCGGCAUCGAGGAAGAAGACGGAAAGGUAAAGGGCGUCAGAGUUGCGUCCGGCAAGGUCCACACGGCAUCCAAGUACAUCCUCUGCACCGGAGCCGCAUCUCCAGCCGUGCUUCCCGAACUGGCGCCGCAUCUCUGGUCCAAGUGCUGGACGCUUGGCCACGUCGAAGUGACGGACGAGGAGCUCGCCCAGUUCAAGAACUGCCCGGUGGUUGACAACCGAGAGCUCGGUUUCUUCUUCGAGCCCGACCCGGAGACGCGUUGGAUCAAGAUCUGCAACGAGUUCCAAGGAUACCAGUAUCGCGUCGGCGAGUACCAGGACGGCAACAAGACGACGCAGUAUUCGGUACCCUACUAUGCGAGCGAGCAUCCCGGCGAAGGCAUUCCGGAGGAAGCUAUGGACGGCAUCAAGAAGUUGGUAGAUGCUGUGAUCCCUCAGUUUUCCGGCAGGAAGAUCCAUGGGGCGUCCAUCUGCUGGUGCACGGACACGGCCGACCGCCACUUUCUCUUCGACUUCCACCCAAAGUACCCAGGCAACGAAUUCUUGCUUGCUACCGGAGACUCGGGCCACGGAUUCAAGUUUCUUCCAAUCAUCGGGAGCUACAUUGCCGAUGCGCUGGAAGGCAAAGAGAGAGGCCUCAGGCAGGAAUGGAGAUGGCACAACCGACCAUGGGGCCAUGAUGAUUCCCGGCCUGGGGAGCGGGUGAAGGACCUGAGAGAAGUGGGUCUGGGGAAGCGAUCUGCACCUAACCUUUGA